ACUUUUUCAGAACGAAACCGACACAAAUGCAAUAUUAAUUAAAAAGUGCAAUAAGGAGGAGUCUGCGCUAGCUGUGUGACCUUUAAAAUGUCGCUGCGAAUUGUGAAAUAUCGUAAAACAUCUGAAGGCCUUGUGCCGAUGACGCCGCCUGUGGUCUUUAGGCCGAAAGUGCAAGUGCAGCCACAACAAAUUAUUAAGAAGCUAACAGGAACAAGCAUUGCGAUUGGCAAGAUACCAGAGGGGGUCAUCAUCAAACCGAGCAUGAAACGAGCCUCCAGCAUCACAACUCCCAAUGCAGCUCCUUUGUUGAAGACUCCAAAAUACGUGCUGCAGUCCAGCAGCUAUGGUACCACAUCAACCUCAUUACCUUGGCAGGCGUCGGCGCCAGUGGUUGGCGUUAGAAAGGAAUCGCUGGGCGAAGCAAUCAGUUCCCUGCCACCCAAUACGAUUAUCAAAGCAACCACAAGACAUCCAUUGGCCACGAGUAACAAUUCACUGCCAGGCUAUGUCAGUGCUCCCAGUACAGCUGCUUCUGCUUCUGCUCCAGCUGCAGCGCCUGCAGUGGCCUCCGCCGUGCGUCAAGCGGUGUUCCUUAAACGUGACAUGCCACAACGCACGAUGCGUAGUAUGACGUUGAGCUCCAUUGACAUGGCUUCCUCACUGCAUCUGGGCGUAUCUGACAUGCAUUUGCCUCUGUUUAAAAGGCACAUUUGUAAAUAUGCAAACUUAACCCAUCUGGACUGCUGUAUAACCCUGAGAAAACUGCGUCUGAAUGAACCCUUCACGCUCCUCGCUGAGUUCUUUGAGCUGAGUGAGUCCGAGGUGAAGCAGACCUUCAAACGCACCAUUGUCAAGCUUGCCCGCUGUCUGCGUCCGCUCAUAUGCUGGCCAGAUGCUAAGCAUUACUCGGAACGCUUAAAGCACAUGCCGUUGGCCUACAGGUCUAAUCUGCUGCAUGUGCGAUCUCUGAUUGAGUGUGUAGAGACGGAGGUGAGUGCGACACUCAAUUUUGGUUGCUCCAGCUACAAGUUUAUACUCUGCCUCAAUACAAAUGGCAUCAUAAGCUAUGUGUCGGAUGCCUUUCGUGGUGAUUGCGAUGACCUGCAGCUGUUUGAAGCGAGUAAUUUUAAGGACAUCAUACCCAAGUACCUGACACUAUGCGCGGAGCCAGGGAAAGCAGUUAAACGAACGCGUAGCUCAUACAAAACCAAUGAGGACGACAGCCCAACGGACGAGGAAUGUGAUCCGCAGGAUGAGUCCAAACCAGUGCUAAGCAAAUACGACGAACAAAGGUUGGCUGGACAAAUGGCCAACAUGCAAUCGUUGUGCGUGACGGAUGGAGCUCUGACCUCGACACGUGCAACAAACCUCCAACUGCCCACGUUGCGAGUCAACGAGCCCGCCUGUCGGACACAAAUGCGGCAUAUGGUUGACACACUGAGACAGUUCAAAAUGCUAGAACACUGCUCUUUGCGGCAGACAUCGCUGUUGGGCUACCUCAAUGAGAUGCUGAUUGUGGCUGCUGCACUGUGUAAUCUGCAGCAGCAAUAGCAUCCCAUAAUUAUGUUUAAAUUAUAAAUAACACCUGUUUUAAGGUUGUACCACUUGCUGUUUAUGUAACAUGUUACCAUUACAAUUUAAAUUUUGAUACUAAAACUGAUUUCUUUCUGCCAACUUUUGCAAUUACGUUCAUGAAAAAGCCCUAUUAGGUUUUAAGUUGCCAUAACGUGUUGUUUUGUAUGCGUUGCAACAGGUUGCUGCCGUUUCAAUUGCAAUUUGACUUUGUUGGCAUUUAACAAUUAUGUUUUGCUAAUAUUUACAUUUGUAUGCGGUACCAUGCCUGCCAUCCUAUUGUCUCAUAUACAAAUAUACUAUCAAUUCAAUGGCAAACUGACAAACUGAUGUCGCCUGUUGCAACCUUAACUGAGAACUUUAUUUAUGUCUAUUUACGCAACUGUUCUAUUUUUGCGGCUCUCUGUUGUUUUUGAACUGCGAUCAAAGUAUAAAACGAUUUCUCCCAUCUAGUGUGGAUAGAAAGAAGAA